CAAGGUGAGGUCAUCCCAUAAAAAAAUAUAAUAUAUCCACAUCACUUUAUUCGUCGUAAUCUAACAACAAAAGCGAAAUAAAUAGCAAGCUGGAAGACCACCACUAUCACCGCAAGAAUCAACAGGUUCCGCUCAAAACCAUCAGGUUCAAUAUCGAACUGCUCCAAAAUACUGGAUGGUCUCUUGUAAUAACAGUAAACUUGCUUGCAACUCAAAUUUUCUCUCCCAAAGCCAUACAAAGCCUGCAUAACGCCAUGAAACUGAUACCGGAAGAAGGACACCGAGCUGAGGGGUUUCAAAUACGGCACUAAAUCUUUGGCAUUAAUCAUAAACCCCGAGAAUAGGAUCGGAACGAUGCAGGCAUUCGCCACCACGAAGUUCUGCGUCUUCGAGUCGAAGCAAAUCCCCGCCAGCAGACCAAUACUCUGUCCGACAAUUCCACCCAGAAAGAACAUGGUCCACACCAUGGCGAAUCGCGUGGGCUCCAGCGGUUGUCCACUGAGGUAAUACAUCGGAGGUACCAUGAGUAUCGGACAGAGGAUCUGAAGCGGCAGAUCGUUGAGUAGCUUGGACAGGAAGUAAGCCUCCCGUGAGUACCAAUUGUUUGCAAUCUCCUUGAUAGCUACAUUCGCUUCCUCUGAGUCUGAAAAUGGGAAAAUAAUACUGUGGUAAAACGUUUCGGUUCUGAUGCUAAUGAUUUACAAUUGAUAACAGCUAUUGAGUUCGAGAAGUAGACGAAAGCAAACAGCUGGAAGAAGCAUCCGGCGUUCGCUAUCACUUUGGUGGCGUCAUUUCCUAUGUCAUAGUGUACCACACCGAAGACGAGUCCCAAAGCGAGGCACAAGCCGACGCGAACUUUGAGGAAGAACUCGUCUCUGGCGGUUGAAAUCGCGGAUCGUUUGAGCAGAACCAGAAACUGAUACCAGAAUGGAACCUGGUACCGCUUUACGCCUACACCCGGCCGCGUCAGUGUUGGACUAGAGGGGCCUGUCUCGAAGAGUUCUCUCAUUUCCUCCGUGGUUUGUGUAAUGAGGUAUUGCUUUGCCUGUUCGUUGUCGGAUGUGAGCACCUCUAUCGCAAAAUCUGCUGGGUUGUAGUAUUCGGGGCAGCUGAAUCCGGAGGAUUCGAGCUUUGGGAUCAUAGCCUCCACUGAUCCCGUGUACAAACAACGUCCCUCGACCAGCAGGAAGACGUCAUCGAAAAGUUGGAAUAAACUAGAAGCUGGUUGGUGGAUCGUGCAAACGAUCGUUCGGCCUCCCAUGGCGAGCGAUUUGAGAUGGGAUAUGAUCUGCGCGGACGCCACACUAUCCAAACCGCUGGUGGGUUCAUCCAGCAGCAUUACGGCUGGAUUCGUGAUCAACUCCACGGCUACCGCCAGCCGCUUCUGUUCCCCGCCGGAAAGGUUCUUCACUAGCGUAGCGGAGCUACUUUCUAAUCCCAGAAGCUCUAAAAUUUCCUUGAUCUAUCAUAAUGAAUGAACAAACUUAAGAUGAAAUAUAUUUUCAGGGGUGAUAGUUUGUUUACCCUCUGUCUUUUAAGCUUGGCCGGCGUCUUUCUGGUCAUCUUCAUGUCCACAGCGUAGGUCAUUGUCCCCCGCACGGUGAGAUAACUGAGCAAAGGGCAAUCUUGCUCGACGUAAACACUUCGAGGAUCAUUCUCCUCCACCGGUUCACCAUUGAUCGCAAUCGAUCCACUCAACCCGAACAGCUUCAUACCGGCGAGAACAUUGAGGAGUGAGGAUUUCCCCGCUCCCGAGGGUCCCAUCAGCGCCACCAAUCGUCCAUGCUUGAAACGCCCCGAAACGUUAUUCAGUAUGGUUUUCCCUAGAAUAAAAACGACUCAAAUCAUUCCAAUCUCUGCUUGAAUCACCUCAUAGCCGUCGUACCUUCGAUAGCGUAGCAAACAUUCUGAAACCGUAGACUCGACGGCACAAAGUUGAGCAACGGUUUCGAGGUUAAUUCAAAUUCCUCUCCGGGGGGCAUAUCGCGAUCACACGAGGGAAAACAAUUCUAAUGUGCAAAAAAAAAAAAGUUCACUCGCUAAUUGCAUCCAAGUGUUGCUCCAUCCGUGAUUAAUCGCGUGCCCUACCAGCGAUUGGAGUUAAACGCGAAGCGUGCACUUUGCUUUACCUAAACUGAAUUUUCCACGGUCAGAAUGGUGUCAGCAAUGUUGCAUUUUGAUAGAAUCAGACCAAUUUCUAUCGAAAACAAUAUCCGAACGAAGGAGAACUUAUUUUCGCGCUUCGAUUUCACCGCUCGCGAUUGAGCGUUUCACCUGGCACACGUGUUGGUAAAGACUGAUCGCGUAAGUCGAUUGAUUGGCCGUUUGCUAAGUUAGUGGCUGUGACUGUUGCAUUUCUUCAAUAAGUAUGACAAUGUCACAUAGCCAUUGCCCAUUCGGCCAACCGCGGUUACUCCCAACGGAAUGCACACAGAACAGCAUGAUGGAAGCUCCCAAACCGUCCGGCACAGUCGAGCACCGCUGUCGUCUCUCCGCUGACUGCUCCUGCCACUCAAGACAUUCCGUUCCUGUGUUCGGAGCUGGUGAGGGAGUCUUCCAACUUGCUACCUCAGGCAAGUACGACUACAGUACCGUUCCUUCGCUUUCUGAAAUCCGCCCCACUAAUAGUGUUGCCUACAUCGACGGUGCGGCUGAUACCGCACCUUACUCUGAUGCUCCCGUCGUUUCUGCUGUUAGUCGGUCAUCAUUCACCGAAUCAGAGGAUACAUCGUCACCGUCACCGCUGACCGUUUCCAGCCGUCUGUGGUUACUUCCAACGGAAUGCGCGCAAAAUAGCAUGAUGGAAGCUCCCAAACCGCCCGGCACAGUCGAGCACCGCUGUCGUCUCUCCGCUGACUGCUCCUGCCACUCAAGACAUUCCGUUCCUGUGUCCGGAGUUGGUGAGGGAGUCUUCCAACUUGCUACUUCAGGCAAGUACGAUUGCAGUACCGUUUCUUCGCUUCCUGAUAUUGGUCCCAUUGAUAGUGCUGCGUACAUCAAUGGUGUGGUUGAUGCCGAGCCGAACCUCGAUGCCACUGUUGUUCCAGCUACCACAACCUCGCAUUUCAACGCUCUUUCUUCCAACCGUCAUCAGGAAAUUAGUGUAUAUUACCAAAACGUUGGCGGUAUCAACAACAAGGUCGACGAUUUCCGGGUAGCUGUAUCAGACCAAUGCUACGACAUAGUAGUUCUCACGGAGACUUGGUUGGACUCACGUAUACUCUCUCACCAAGUGUUCGGCUGCGAUUACGAUGUUUUUCGUUGCGAUAGGAACGCUGAUAAUAGUCGUAAGGCUAGAGGCGGAGGUGUUUUAGUAGCCGUGAACUCUAGACUUGAGACGAGGGCUGUAGAAAACCAAAAAUGGUCUUGUCUAGAGCAGGUAUGGACGGCGAUCACACUUGGCGACCGCACUUUAUAUCUAUGCGCAUUGUAUAUCCCUCCUGACCGAACACGAGAACGUGAACUUAUCGAGAUCCAUUGCCAGUCAGUUUUCUCCGUUCUGGAAGAAAACAACAGAUGA